ACCCAUCCAUCUAUUCUCUUUAUAAUUACACAAACUCCAAUAUCUAUUAAUUCAAUCAUGGCGAAUUACAGUCAUGUGACUUCGCGCUAGCGCGUUCCCCUUCGUUUGGCCGAGCUGUUUGGGACUCAUACGCCAACCGUUCAGAAGAACCCCUACUGCAUCAUCCUCAAGCAACAUGGCACCCGGCGAGCGAUCCGAAGAAGUAUGGGCCUGGUACACGGCCGUGUACGAAGCCGUGCAAGAGAUCCCCCGGGGACGAGUUACGUCAUACGGACACAUAGCACGGCUGGUCGGGAAGCCUGAAUGUCCGAGACAGGUUGGGGUGGUGCUCAAACAUCUCCCCUCUCGGUCAGUAGACCCGAGCAAGAAGAGCGCGACCUAUCAUGAUGGGAACGUGCCGUGGCAGCGCGUGAUCAACGCGAAAGGGAGCAUCAGCCCGAGGGGCCCCACGGGAGCCAGCAGACAAGCAACAGCACUAAGAGCUGAAGGGGUUGAGGUAGAGCGAGGGCCGAUGGGGGAGUACUCAAUAGAGCUCUCAAAGUAUGGCUGGUUUCCAGACGAGUUGCCAAGCGAAGCUGGCCUUGUGGAGAGCGAAAGCGAGGACGACGAGGGAGAGGAAGAGGACGAAGAAGCAGCUGCCUACCAUACCUGAAUGAUCAUGGAUGUCGAACAUGUGUUCGCAGCUGAUAAUGGGUUACGAACACGGUAGCUGACAGUGAAGACUGGAGCUGACGUGUUCGGGGGUUAGAGACACAGACUGAAAGCAAAUCUGUCACUGUGAACGGCAACAUGUUGAGAACUGAUCUGAUCUGUUCUAUUCUCUUCUGGACUUAGGGAUAGUGGAUGGGAUAUUGUUGCGAGGUACCCGGUAGAUAGAGAGUGGGAG